AUGCGUAAUGCUGGUCUAAUUUUAUUUUUAUUUGAAAAUUGUUUUAUUUCAAUAUUGACUGCUAGUUAUCAUGAAGAAAAAUUAAUUCGAACACUGCUAAGUGACACUAAUUAUUCGAAAAAAGUUCGUCCAAACGGUAUUGUUAUUGUCGAUUUUCGUCUAAUAUUCAAUCAAAUAAUUAAUAUGAUUGAAAAAGAACAAAUUAUGGUAUCAAACGUAUUUGUUGAUCAAAAGUGGAAGGAUUCACGUUUAAUGUGGAAUCAAGCAGAAUAUGAUAAUAUAACAUUGUUAAGAAUACCCGCAUCAAUGUUAUGGUAUCCGGAUACAUUUUUGUAUAAUACAGCUGAUAAUACGGGAUAUUUAAUACCACAAGAAUCACAAAAUAUGGUUAUUAAUAACAAUGGUAUCGUUGUAUGGCCAAUGCCUCUGGCACAUUUAAGAACAAGAUGUCGAAUGGGCAUCAAACAUUUUCCAUUCGAUGAACAAUCGUGUGAAAUGGUAUUUGGAUCAUGGAGUCAUACAAAAAAAUUAAUUCAAUACAAAUUUUGGGAAGAACAUCCAGAACUUCCUGAUUAUGCACCGAAUAAUGAAUGGAAAUUACUCGCUGUGAAACAAACAAUAAAAGAACAAGAAUUCGCAAACUGGAUUGAAAAGGAUCCGUUUUAUGAAAUUAAUUUUACAGUUUUAAUUCGACGAAAACCAUUGCAAGCAAUUUAUAAUACUGUUGUACCAGCUUUAAUGUUAACAAUUUUAACAUUAGUAUCAUUUUUUAUUCCAUUCGCACAAGAAAUGCAGAUAGGCAUUAGUAUUAUGUUAGCUUAUUCGGUGUUUAGUUUACGUCUUAGUGAAGAUGUUCCAUCUCAGAGUGAUUCUGUUCAUUUGAUUAGUUUAUAUUUAACGGUGUGCAUGUGUUAUUCUCUCUUGGCCAUGACAUGGUUUGCUUUUACAAAUAAAUUACGUGAAAAAAAACGUUUACCAUACUGGAUACGAUGGUUAGCAUUAGACUAUUUGGCUUAUGUUGUUUGUGCAACAAACAUGCAUCGAAAAGCGACACGUUUAUCACCACAAUCAACAUCGCGCACAACUACACGACCAUUACCAUCACAACAUUCUCCUUUAUUGAUAACACAGAAUAACAAUGCAAAUAUUGUUGAAUAUUCAAACAGUUUUUAUUCAGAAACAGAUUCUAUCCAAAAUCAUCAUCAAUUUCCAAAACUAAUUAUAUUGCCAAAAUCUCAAACAUUUCUUUCGGAACAAAAUGAACCUGCAUCGUCUCAACGAACAUCAACAACCAUCAAUGGGCGAAGACGACGAAGCUUAACACCAGUCGAUCUACAAAAUGAAACAACAAUUUGGAUUCGACGUGGUACAGUACCUACGACACAUGAAUUUAUUCGUCAUCGACCAAAUGGUCCAUGUGAUAAUACCGUCAGUGGUCAAUCAACACAACGAAAAGGUUCAAGACUGAAAUCAUCAAAGAACACUAUGACAUCUAUUUCAAAAGAUAAAGAGAGUCUAUAUGCAAUUCAUAUUUAUAAUCGUCUCGUAUUUGCAAUGUUUUUAUUAUUUGUAUUUGUUUUAAACAUCUACACGUGGUUCUUCUACUCACGUUUAUUACCUUCGAGUUUAAAUGAACAAAAUUCAAACUGGACUUGUUUCGACGAAAAAAUACUAUCAGUGGUGAAUUGUACAAAUGAUAAAUGA